CAUGUCGGGCCAUGUAUGCCCGCGACUCAUCUACUUGGAGGCGGCUGACUACGUCAAGGAGAACACGGCCGCCGACGGGCUCGGCGACUUGCCCACCCCAGUUGCUGCGGAGGUCGCACCGGCGCCCGCUCCGGCGACGGCUCUUGUGGUCUCCCUCCAUGCGCUCGCGGGCAUCCGAGACGAGCGGACUAUGCUCUUGCCGGUGAUGAUCCACGGCGAGCGCCUGGUGGCCCUCCUUGAUAUGGGCUCCACGCAUAACUUCCUGCCCAAGGCAACCAUGCGCCGCUUAGCGCUCCAGCCGACGGGUGGGGAGCAACUCCGGGUCACCGUGGCUAACGGCGACCGACUCUGCUGCCAUGGGCUGGCGGCCUGGCGCGGAACGUGCCCAUCACCAUCGGCCACGGGCACUUCACCAUCACGUGCGACGGCAUCGACUUGGGCUGCUUCGACUUCAUCCUCGGCGUCGACUUCUUGA